AUGUUCUCUCUAGUCCAAUCUCUAGGACUUCUUGCUUUGAUGGUAGCAACCGUCUUCGCAAACUUCGGCAACAAGUUGGUUUGCGAUCCUCUCGUCCCGGGCUCUGGCCCAAAAGUCUUCCCGGACACCCCCGAGGUUUUCCAGGCUUACAAUCCCUUCUCCGAUGCUGCUUCAUCGGCCGUCACUCCCGCUGGCUACGUCCAGGCUUACUCCAACCUCCUCACCACGUACGAUGAACCAUCGCAGUUUGUCCACUACGUGACUAUGGACUCGUACGAUGUCGCCCGGUGUGCUGCCGAGUGUGACAACGACGCCAAGUGCAAUGCUUUCACCAUCUUCUUCGAGCGCCAGCCCGCCAAUGCGCCUCACGGCGUCCACUGCCCCAACCCUGAGUCCACGACUCACAUCAAGUGCGACUUGUGGUCCGGCACCAUCCUCCCCAGCAUCGCCAUCAACGAGGGUCAGACCCGUGAGGACUUCCACGUCGUCAUGGCCGGCGCCAACGCCUACGUCAAGGACGUUGUCACGCCCGAUGUCCCUGCCGAUUAUGCCCUCGAAAAAUAUGCCCUCGGUGCUGCCAUCGAAGCGCCUCUUGACUGCAACGGCGAGGACACCUACAUGGGCCUUGCGUACUGGCAAGACGGUAAAUUCGACGCUCAGAGGUGCAUCACUGCUUGCGGGGAGACAAAUGAUGCUUCGGGCCGCCAGUGCCACUUUGUCAACACGUACAUGCAGCGUCGCAACAACGUGCCUGUCGUCCAGCACUGCGCCAUGUUCUCCAAGUACUGGCCAAUAGAAUUCGCUACCAACGUUGGCCAGCUACGUGAUAACGAUGAGAUUGACAUCUCCGAGACCGACUCUUACGGUAUCCGUCAUAUCGUCGACGACUUCGCUGCCUGCUUGCCCAUCGACAAAUCUGCCUCGGUCGCAGCCUCGACGCUGGCGACCUUGACUCGCGCCAAGAACGUGCUUGCAACACCGUCUUCCUCCCCCUCCUUCGACUACCCCAAGAUCGCUCCCGAGACUUUCAGCGACUGGGAUCCCGUCAAGGAGACUACUACAUACAUUACUCCCACCGCCUCUGCUUCUUCCUUUUCUUCCUUCAACACGCCCAUCAUCGCCGAGGAGACCUUCUUCGACUGGGACCCCGAACACGAGACCGCUACGUUCAAUAGGCGUUGGCUCUUCAGUCAUCGUCACCAGCUUCUCAGGCCCACUAGCGCAGCCAUGAUGACUGAUGUUCCUGAUUUCGCAGAGGCAUUUUCCGCGAUCCAGUAGAUCGCUCCAUGGCUCGCUACGACUUAUCAUAUCAUUAGAGAUGGUGUCCAGGAUGUAGAGUCUAUUUGUUCAAUUUCGUAACGCAGGAAGGGGAGCGGACCGGUACAGCAGACUUUGACACGGACAUGAUCAGUUGUCAUGAUGCUUGGCUUUUCGGGUUUGAACUGGUUUCCUGAAGCAUGACCGACUUUGAGUAACAUGCUUGGACCACAAAAAAAAAUAGAAGAAAAUAGAAGAGACCGAAAAACAAUAUAAAAAAUGAGAAAAUUGACAUCGC